AUGCUUGGAAGCUUAGCAUGGGGCAACCAUGAGGUUGCCAAAAGGGAAAGACGGCACAGAAAUGCCAAUAAAGGCAUUAUUCUACCCUACCUGAGGCUCGCUACAGACUUCUUUGCAUUGCAUCUCGUCAAAGAAUGCAUCGCGUCGCUACGCCCGCGUACCCAACAGGACACUCAAGCCUCUCAUGCGGAUGAUCACACGGGCAGACCGUCUAUCUGCACCCUGAGACUGCCCUGUCCAGGUUCAUGCAUGGUCUCAAGCCAAGAUGUGGACGCCUUCAGAGGCCUGAAGCUGAUUGUACGCACCCCUAGUGGUCGACUCGACUUGCUCACGGCCAGCAUGGAUACAUGUGCAGAUGGCGGUAACGCCAUCGCCAAAACCACGGCCGAGUCCUACGGGUUCGAGCCCGUAGAUGGAAGCAUCAAAUCCGAAAUGAGCGUUGCUGGGCGCCAGAAAGUCAGGUCUUUGGGGACGGUCGUAAUACCAUUUCAGCUGCCUUGCGAGACACAAAUGAGAGAUACAGAGUUCCACGUCUUUGAGGAUCUCGCUGGACACAGGGCAAUCCUCAGCGUCUCCUUGACUAUGCAGCUUGGCCACCUUCGGCGAAAGCCUUGUUCGGAAUGUGAAGAAGCAGAAGACUAA